ACCCCCUCCCCGAGACGUAUUCUACAACAAGCUGAGAUUCUGGUUUUUCCCUCCUUACCGGAGGGUUUAGACAAAAAGAGACCAAAUUCCCCUGAACCCGCCGAGGGGCUCGUACAGGGAAAUUCCCGGCGGAUCGGAUUUCAGGCGCUCUGCGCGUACAAAUAGCUGAGAGCCGGGCAGUGUCAGCGAGAGCGACCUGUACGCAGCUCACCUGCGGAAAAGCACCUCCAGUAGGAGCUGGUUCACAAUGGGCCCCAGAAGGAGAAGCUCCGAGACAGAUGAGCAGAUCAUCAAACAAGGCCGCCUGAUCAAGUCUCCACCGUCCUACGUCUUUAACAACAAGGCCUCGUGGAAAUGGCGACUAUUGAAACUGUGCAGAACGGCCGUAAACUCCUUCAUCCUGCGCUACUAUGCGUACGACAGCUUGAACGAGGAAUGGAAGGGGGACAUUCAUAUAAGCGAUGUAAAAUCCAUAGAAGUGGGAAGGAGCACGAUGGAGAGAAUCGCCACCAUCACUCGCCUCUUCAACAACUGCCCCGAGAACAUCCUGUGCGUAAGGACCGACAAACGCGACUUCUAUCUGGUGGACGGCAGCGUGGAAAACAUUGCCGAGUGGCAGAAAUAUCUAACAGACGCCUGGAUAAAGAUCCACCAGAAAGUGCAAAUUGAAGGACCCACACGUACAUCUGCCGGUCCGCUGGCAGUCAUUCCGGCUCAGGAAGUAAUGAGGCCCAAAUCAUAUCCUACAGAUUAUCCGCGCACCGAAACGUUGUUAGUCGAGGAUCUCAACAUGAAGAGAUGCCACACUGAGGGCUGGAGGGGAAAUCGGUCAACCCCCAACAACUACAGAGAAUAUAAGGAUGUCAUCUCGGAAGAGCAGUACAGCAAUACGCUGCCAGUCUAUAGCCAAACUCCAUCAGGCGAGUACCAGCAGCUGCAGGAAGUGAGGAGACACUCAGCAGCAGCUUCACCACAGGAUGAUCCAGAGAGACGCAGGUUCAGUGACGACAUGACGGAUCCAGCGUACGGCAGCGAACAGGAGUCCAUUUAUGACACGCCCCGAUCCAUACCCCGGAAAAUGUCUCAAUCUCAAGAAUCACAGAAGGAAAUGGAAGCAGAAGAGGAAUCGGGGGAGGAAGAGGAGGAAUCGGGGGAGGAAGAGGAGGAAUCGGGGGAGGAAGAGGAGACCAGUGAUCUGGGAUCUGAGGAGGUUGGAGUGUACGAGCAGAUGUCAUCCUUGGUCAUUGGCGAGGUCGCUCAUGUGCCUUUGAAGCCGCCGCGAAAAUUCAAACCUUCACCAAGAACCAGGAACUUCAAGAGCAAGAGAAGCCAGCUGAAGAGAGCGCAGCUCCUGAGAAUGGUGUAUGAACAGAGCAGCGGUUCUGACCUGGUGCCGGUCACCGUUAUGGUGCCCACAGAACAUCUGCAGAAGUACCUGGGACUUCAGGAGGUCGGAGAUCGCUUGUGUGUGUCCAAGUGGAAGGGUCCUCUACACAUCGGCUGCUUGUUUCAUCAUGGCGACCACAUCGAGUCCAUUAACGGCUUCCGGUCGGGAAGUAAAGAUUUUUUCUUCCAGAUGUUGAGUCAGUGCAUUUCAGAAGAGGUCAGUCUGGUGCUGAAGAGGAAUAUUAAAGCCGACGUUUUCCACCUGGAAGGUUGUAAUUGUGAAAGUCCAUGAUGACGGCGCCUCCUGCAGGAAGAAAGAUGUUGGAUCCAUAAAUGUUACAGUGGACGGAAAUGAAGCGCACGCACAAUACACAUAGUACACGGCUUAUAACCCACGGAGACCACGGGGAGCAUCAUCAGCGCAUACAUGUCACGGUGAUAACCAGGGGGCACACCGACGAGGCGGAGGAAGACACCCAAACUCAUCUGGCAUCCAGCAAAUCAAUGAAGACUGCGACCACCUGAUAAUCCAGAAUGAUGCUGAAUUAAAGGAAUUUGUGCUGGCCGUCCAGCAAUAUGAACUAUGAGCCAGCGUUCUCCCACUCAUGUAUAACUACAACUCCCAUCAUCAGGGUGGGGAACAUUGCUUUAAGAAAACAUAGUAAAAUCCGUCAUUAUUGGAAGUUUAUGGGUGCUGGAUUAUAGGACUCAUUGUAUAUCCGUAUCCAGGACGUCCUUGUAAAUUGUUAACCUUUGUAUAUUAUGUAUUUACUGUAAAUAUCCCAUCAGCCCUGGAAUAAAGCGUAGAGCGCAGUGUGUGCCGCGUACCACUAGAUGGCAGAACACAACCACUGAUAAACUGGCAUAAGCUUGGUCGCCCUAAUACCUGCGAAUACUUCCUUUUACUGUUCCCUUCGGCUCGCUCCUUUCCACCAGUCCGCACUCACACAUGGCGGCGAUAUCGGCCACAUCCAGAAUUCCCCCAUGUUAUCCAAUGGGGCUGAACAAUGUCUAUGCCUGCGUUGUGUUCCAGUGUAAAUGCUGUCACGUUGCAGACUUACUCUACGAGGAUCUCUCCACUGAAUUCAAUGGGAAACUUAUUCUGCAGCAGAAAAAUCCACACCCUUAUUCCCCACGUAAAAAUCUGCAGAUUUUCUGGCAGAAUUUUCCGCCACGUGUGUAUGUGUAGCCCUACAAAUGGCACCCGGAUAAUGGCAACUGCAUGCAUUUUACUAAGGGCUGGGCCUGCAACAUAACCCGCAGCGGAUAUGGGAACCAGUGCAAAAAAAUCAUGCCGUUACCGCCACCUUUUGCAAUGGGUGCAGUGAAAUCCGGAGCAAAUCCAAACCCGUAUGUAACACAGUGGAAGUUCUGCUUUCAUCCCUGCAGACAGUCCUCCCCGUUUGGACAUAACAGGAUUUUUUUUUUUAGUGUGAUCCGAUCAGCCACACGAUAAAGCAGGUGCCACAUGUUCAACCCCAAACACCGCAGCCGGUCAGACUGGGCGGCAACAGGGCACCAAAGGGUUACUAUCAACCCAUGGAGUAUUAGUGCUAGAGAUGAGUGCAUUUCAGGUUAUGAAAUUCAUUCACUCUCCGUUUGGUGGUAAAAGGUGAGUUGAGUUAUGGAUUCCGUUACCACGGACCAUACUGCAAUUCUAGGACGGAAGGCCUUUAGAGGACUUCCCUGCAUAACAGAAAUUGGACGGAUCUGUUUUGCAGCCCAUAGACUUCUAUUAUGACCAAAUGAAUAACGGAAUGUCUCUAAAGGCAUUCCGUCAUAGAAUUGCGGUAUGGUCCGUGGUAAUUGAGUCCGUAACACAAUUCUGCUUUUACCACCAAACAAAGCGUGAACAAAUUUCAAAAUAUGAAAUUUGCUCAUCUCUAAUUAGUUCCCAUUACCACAGCACAGGGCACCCAAUGCAGAAAAAAAAUCCUCUUACCCCCAUAAGCAUC